AGGACCAAACGCGAAAUGCCCCCUCCCCACAGACAGGAAAAGCAGAAAAGCGCGAGCAAUACAGGGGCGCAGGGUUACCUUCGCUCUCCACAUCAUUUGGCUGCAGCACCUCCCCUCGCCUCGCCUCUGCCCCUCGAUCUCCGUCGCCGCCUUCCCCCCCAUUCUCCAAGAACCUUCUUCCCCCUCCCGAUCUCCCCCGCCGAAGCCGCCGAGAUCCUCGCUUAUGGUGUCCUGACAGCGGCGGCGCCCAUGGACCCCAAGUCCCCCGACGACCGCCCCGAGCCGGCGGCGGCGCAGCAGCCGCUGCCGCUAGAGUGGCGGUUCGCGCAGGUCUUCGGCGAGCGCGGCGCCGGUGAGGACGUGCAGGAAGUUGACAUCAUCUCUGCAAUUGAGUUUGACAAAUCGGGUGACCAUCUUGCCACUGGAGAUAGAGGUGGACGUGUAGUUUUGUUUGAAAGGACUGAUGCCAGGGGUAAUGCCAGUCGGACAGAACUCGAGAGACAAGAUUAUGUGGUGGCCAGGCAUCCUGAGUUCCGCUACAAAACUGAAUUUCAGAGUCAUGAACCUGAGUUCGACUACCUAAAAAGUUUGGAAAUAGAGGAGAAGAUCAACAAGAUAAAGUGGGGCCAAACAGCCAAUAAUGCCCUCUUUAUCUUGUCUACAAAUGACAAAACAAUCAAGUAUUGGAAGGUGCAAGACAAGAAAGUGAAACGAGUUUCAGUGAUGAAUUUGGAUACUUCCCAAAGUUCAGACAAUGGUACAACUUCCAGUUCGAGUGCCAGUAGCUCUAGAGGCCUUCCAAAUGGAGGAUGCUCAGAGAAGUUGUACAAUGGCACAAGCAACGAUCUGUCAUUCCCUCCCGGAGGAUGCACGUCACUGCGUUUGCCUGUGGUAGUUACAGGCCAAGAUCUAAACCCUGUUGCUAGAUGCCGCCGUGUAUAUGCACACGCCCAUGAUUACCAUAUCAAUUCCAUUUCGAAUAAUAGUGAUGGCGAGACAUUCAUAUCGGCAGAUGAUCUGAGAAUAAAUCUGUGGAAUUUGGAAAUUAACAGUCAGAGCUUUAACAUUGUUGAUGUGAAGCCUGCAAACAUGGAGGAUCUAACUGAGGUGAUUACAUGUGCGGAGUUCCAUCCAACUCAUUGUAACACACUAGCCUAUAGUAGCUCAAAGGGCGCUAUCAGGCUUAUUGACCUGCGGCAAUCAGCACUGUGUGACAACCAUGCGAAGCUAUUUGAGGAGCAUGAAGCACCUGGAUCAAAAUCCUUUUUUACAGAGAUAAUUGCAUCAGUAUCAGAUAUAAAGUUUGCACGGGAGGGAAGACAUAUUCUUAGUCGUGAUUAUAUGACUCUCAAGCUAUGGGAUCUCAACAUGGAUUCAGGCCCAGUAGCAACUUUCCAAGUACAUGAACAUUUAAGGCCUAAGCUUUGUGAUCUAUACGAAAAUGAUUCAAUUUUUGACAAAUUUGAAUGUUGUCUGAGUGGGGAUGGUCUUCGUGUUGCAACUGGAUCUUAUAGUAAUUUAUUCCGAGUUUUUGGUUGUACGCCUGGAAGUACAGAAGCAACCACUUUGGAAGCAAGCAGGAAUCCUAUGAGGCGUCAGGUUGCUAAUCCAACAAGGCCUACAAGAACGCUGACCUCUUUGACCCGUGCUGUGAGGAGAGGUGGAGAAAAUGCAGGAGCCGAUGGCAAUGGAAAUUCUUAUGACUUCUCAACAAAGUUACUCCAUCUUGCGUGGCACCCAACUGAGAGUUCCAUCGCGUGUGCUGCUGGAAAUAGCUUGUACAUGUAUUAUGCAUAGGGACGUGCUAGAGAAGAUUUACUCUUUUGGUUUGGUCGACGUGAAAGCCUUGACCUUUCAUGCAACCAGGGCAAUGAUGCAGGGAGGCGGUCCGUACCCACGAGAUAUCUUCCAAGCAUAUCUGACUGCCCCCUUCCGAUUCUUUAGUAAAUUUGAAACACAGAACUCUAAUCGUAUUAAACUUUUUGGGUCCCAAGAUAUGAUUAUAGUUGCCUUCGUAGCCAAAAGACCAGCGGUUGAAGGACAGAGCAGAAGAUAGGAAGGCUGAUUCUAAUUUCACUCCCAGGUCACAGGAAAUAUCUGCUUAAGGUGGAUGUCAGAAAAUUUUCUUUUUCUCUACUCAUGUAAUGUAAUGUCGCCUAACCAGGGUUUACCAUCUGUUGUCAUGAAUUCUGAACAUCUCUGGACAUAAAUUUCAACUCAAGUUAUUGUAGUUGUUCGUUGCCUCUUCUGUUGGAUGGUUGAAACUUUUUGCAUGAAUGUAACUGAACUCAUGCUGCAUAUGAUACUCGUAACACCUUGUAAG